AUGGAUGGCGGGCCGUACGUGAACGUGACGCACCCGCUGCAGGCGCCCCGUAGCCACCUGCACCCGUCGAUUGCCGGCUCGCCCUUCCCGACCGGCGCCUUCUGGACCAACUUUGUGCUCGGGAACGAAGCCGUCGCGUCGCUCCCCUACUCGGUCAAGGUCAUUGACCAGCAACUGCAGAUCAGCUACCCGUUCCGCGUCGUGACAGCCGCCAACAUCAUCGAAGGCUUCACAGCCGAACUCGUCGUCGACGUUGGUGCGUCGCCGCUCGUUGUCGUCCGCUACGACGCGCUCAGCGUCACGCUGUCGUUCCAAGACGGUGGCAUCCUCCUGCACCUCGUGCGUGGCUCGCCGUACAUUACGCUCGAGUACAAGGGUGCGACGCCUCUGCUCUCGUCGGCGCUCGAGAUGCUGUCGCUCAAGGACGAUCCAGCGCAUAACUGCUCGGAGCUGCUGCUCGGCAACUGGCACAAGUGGCUCCUCUUUGCGUCGUCGCCGAUGCAAUGGACGCGAGAUGGCAAGACGUUCCGGGGACCGUCGUCGUACAACGGCGUCCUGCGCUUGGGUCUCGAGCUCUACAGCGGCGCCCGCCCGCUCCUCGCGCAACACGCGUCGACCUACCCGGUCGGCGCCGCCAUCUCGCAUCACGUCGACGCAAAGAACGCUUCCAUCAUGCACUGGCGCUUUGACUGGACGACCGCGAGCUUCCCUGGGCGCUCGGCGCCGCCGCUGCUCAUGACGUGCCUCUUGCAUCACAUGGACACGUUCACUGCCAACAUGACGCUGCUCGAUGAGGUCAAAUACAUGGCGAUCCGCGGCCCGAUGACGGGCGUUGUCGGCAACACGUGGCGCUUUCUCGAUGUUAUCGAGGACCCGGCGUGGGACUACCCGAGCCAAGGUAUCAUGGCGUCGCCGGGGUCGCCAGCGUACGUCGCUGCAGUGGCCGCCAUCAAGGCAGCUCUCCAAAGCGACAUUGCUCUCUACCCGACGUUCACGCUGGACGCGUACAACUUUGGCAAGCAGAUCGCGCGCGAGGCGCGCUUGGUGCUCAUGGCCGAGCGGUUCAAUGACUCGUCGACGGUCGCCAUCGGCCUUGCCAAAAUGAAGCGCGAGCUCGCCAAGUGGUGGGACCCGGCGUCGACCAACUGCUUUUACUACGACACGACGUACGGCGGUCUCGUCACGAAAGCCGGGCUCGCGGACCGGGACGCCGAGUUUGGCGCGGGCUACUACAACGACCACCACUUUCAUUACGGCUACUUUGCUUACGCAGCCGCGGUGCUCCGGCGCUUUGACCCAACGUGGGUCGCCGCCAACGCGGCGGCCAUCGAUAUGAUUGUCGGCGACAUUGCGGCGGACGAGAAUUCGUUGCUCUUCCCGGCCGCGCGGCACAAGGACUGGUUCACGGGCCACUCGUACGCGAGCGGCCUCUUCAGCAUGUCGAACGGCAAGUCCCAAGAGAGCAGCUCGGAGGCGGUCAACGCCUACUACGGCGUCGCGCUCUACGCGUCUCUGGAUGCUACCGAAACACCUGGCUUUUACAACUAUGCCAAGCUGCUGCUGGCCAUGGACGUGCGCUCGACGCAGCGCUACUGGCACAUGUCGGAACGUCAGACGCCUGCGAUCUACGAGCCCGUGUUUGCAGCCAACCGCAUGGUCGGGGUCGUCAGCGAAAUGUCGGUCGUGUACUCGACGUGGUUUGGGAACCUCGCGUCCGAGAUCCACGGUAUUAACCUCAUGCCCAUCACGCCCAUGACGUCUCACCUUGUCCGGUACCUUUGUGUGUAUCACGCUAUCGUACUCAUCAUUAAUUAG